UUGUGAUAUAUAAUCUAGUAAAUAAACAUGACGUUGUCUCGAGCACACGGGUAGUGGGGCGGACAGUAGCACGACAGCCACGAGCGACGACGGAUGUCCGCCUGCUUACUGGUGUGGUAACGAGCCAAUUAGUACCUAUUGUGACACGGAGUGUUACAUGUGGCGACGAGAUAAAAGGUCACCCCAAAUCUACCAACUCCAAAAAUGACAAACUUAUUGCCAGCUCCGGAAAAGUUUGACCUCGAAGGAGACAAUGCAACAGUUGCAUUAGGAUGGGAGCGAUGGAAAAGGUCUUUCAAUAUCUACUUGGAAGCCUCAGAAAUUACAGGAGAAGAAAAAAAGAGAGCAACACUGCUCCUUUUAGGAGGGCCAGGACUUCAAGAGAUUGUUUACAAUCUACCCGGUGCUUAUGAAGAAAGCGUUUCAACUGAAUCAAAAGUUUUCAAAACAGUUAUUGAAAAGCUUGAUGAAUAUUUUCUUCCAAAGCAGAAUAAAAUUUAUGAAAGGCAUUUAUUUCGACAAAUAAAACAGGAGGAAGGAGAAAAAUUUGAAAAAUUUGUUGUUAGAUUAAGAAACCAAGCUGGAAAAUGUAAAUUCACCAGUCCUGAUGAGCAUAUAAUUGAUCAGAUUGUGGAAAAAUGUUCUUCGUCAGAACUAAGAAAAAAAAUAUUAACUUUAGGAGACACUGUUACAUUAGAUAAAAUCAUAAUUGAAGCAAAUACUCUAGAAAUAGUAAGCCAUCAGCUAGAAGAGUAUGGACAUAAAAGUAAGUCAAAUGACGUUAACACAAUUAGAAGUCAACAAAAAAAACUAUAAUUCAAGGAAAGAUGCCCAGAAAUACAAAAAGGAGAAUAACGAAAAGGAAGAAUCAACAAAUAAGUCAGGAUCAAGUAAAUGUAGUAGAUGCGGAUACAAUACGCAUACAGCGUCACACAAAGAGUGUCCUGCAAAAAAGAAAAAUUGUCAUGCCUGCGGAAAACUCGGGCAUUUUGGUACAAUGUGUAGGACAAAACCUCAAAAGCGAAAACUUGAGAACAAACAGAAUGAUGACCCUAAAAUAAAAAAGAAACGGAAUGAAGUAAACUUAAUAAACGUUGAUAGCGAUGAAGAUUCUUCUGAUAGAAAUCAUUAUAUUUUUAACAUGAAUGACGACGACGAAGCUACUAUUAAAUGUGAAAUGGGGGGAGUCAAAUUGAAUUUGCUUAUAGAUUCUGGGUGUAAAUUAAAUUUAAUCACUGAAAAAACAUGGGAAGAUUUAAAAAAGAAAAAAGUUUUCUGUAUUAAUCAAGUGAAAGGAUCAAACAAAACCUUAUAUGCAUACGGGAGUAACUCGCCUUUGAAUAUUAAAGGAUCUUUCGAAACUGACAUCAAAGUGAACCAGAAAUCAGAACGUACUACAGUUUAUGUAAUUCAAAAAGGAUCGAGAGAUUUAUUGGGAAAAGAAACUGCUCUUCGUUUAGGAGUUCUUAAAUUAGGUAUUGGUAUAAAUGAUAUUGUGGAAUCCCCCAAACCUUUUCCAAAAUUCAAGGAUGUUCUAGUUGAAAUUCCAGUCGAUGAAAAAUGUAAUCCUGUAUCACAACCGUAUCGAAGAAUACCAAUUCCUAUCGAAAAGAAAGUGGAACAGAAAAUAAAAGAGCUCCUUGACAGUGAUAUCAUUGAGGAGGUACACGGACCUUCUCGAUGGAUUUCACCUGUAGUACCCAUUUUAAAAGAUAAUGAUGACAUCCGACUGUGUGUAGAUAUGAGACGAGCAAAUUCCGCAAUCAUGAGGGAAAAUCAUCCAUUGCCUUGUAUGGAUAAUUUCUUGCCUAAAAUAAAAAAAGCCAAUUGCUUUUCUAAACUGGACAUAAAAAAUGCUUUCCAUCAGGUAGAAAUUCAUCCUAAUUCAAGAUAUCUGACGACAUUCAUAACUUCUAAGGGUUUGUACAGAUAUAAACGACUUAUGUUCGGCAUCACAUGCGCGCCGGAAUUAUUCCAAAAAAUACUUGAAAAAAUGUUGGCAGGCCUGGCAGGUGUCAUUAAUUUUAUUGAUGAUAUUUUAGUCUAUGGAGAAGAUGAAAAGCAACAUGAUGAAAGGUUAUCUAAAGUCUUGAGAGUUUUAAAAGAAAAUAACGUUUUACUGAACGAAAGCAAGUGUGUAUACAAGGUGCAAAAGAUCAGCUUCCUGGGACACGAAUUGACACCAGAUGGAGUUAAACCGCUUAAGAAAUAUGUAACAAGUAUUCUUGAAUUUAGAAAGCCUAAGACAGUGGAGGAACUUCAAAGUUUCCUGGGGUUGGUUAACUAUAUAAAUAAAUGGUUGCCUAAUCUGUCCACUACAGCUGAGCCCUUGAAAAAAUUACUGAGGAAAAAGUCUGGGAAGAAGACAAGCUUAGAAGAUGUGUGGAAAGAUGAGCAGAAUCAAGCAUUUAGGAAACUAAAGCAAGCUCUGAGUAAAGUACCAACAUUAGGAUAUUAUGACGUUAAUGAUGAAACACAGGUCAUUGCUGACGCGAGUCCUGUGGGGUUAGGAAGUGUGCUGAUACAAAACGAUGGUAGAGGACCGAGAAUUAUUGCUUAUGGUAACCGCACUUUAACUGAACUGGAACGGAAAUAUAGCCAAACAGAAAAGGAGGCACUGGCACUGGUCUGGGCAGUAGAGCAUUUUAAGAUUUUUUUGUUUGGCAAAGAAUUUGAUCUGAUUACAGAUCAUAAGCCUUUAGAAUUCUUAUUUGGUCAGAAGUCGAAGCCAUGUGCGCGCGUUGAACGUUGGGUUUUACGGUUACAGGCAUUUCGAUACAAUAUUAAAUACAAACCCGGUAAAGUUAACAUUGCGGAUCCUCUGUCAAGACUUUGUGAAUAUCAGAAUAUACCAUCUGGAAAUGUUGAAGAUUACGUACAGCAGAUAGUAGAACAGGCUAGACCUUGUGCCAUUCCCAUGGAUGCCCUCUUAGAAUGCUCAGGACAAGAUGAAGAAAUUAAAAAUGUUAAAAAAGGAAUGUACAAUAAAGACUGGGAUGAUUCGGUAAAGGGAUAUAAAAUCUUUGAAAGUGAGCUUUGUUUUUAUGAUAAAAUAUUACUGAGGGGUAACAGAAUUGUAAUACCAAAAGAAUUGCGGAAAAAAGUAUUGGAUGCUGCACACGAAGGUCACCCAGGGAUAGUGGCAAUGAAGAGCCGGUUAAGAUCUAAGGUGUGGUGGCCGCGAAUUGACAGGGACGCUGAAUUAAGAGUAAAAGCGUGUAAAGGAUGUACUCUUGUCGGAUUACCCAGCCACCCUGUACCCAUGAAGCGACGUGAUCUUCCCAUUGCUCCUUGGGUGGAUGUUGCAGUAGAUCUAUUGGGUCCACUGCCAAAUAACGACUACCUGCUUGUACUCAUUGACUAUUACAGCAGGUACAAAGAAAUAAAAUUUACUAGAAUAACCACAAGUUCCCAAAUAAUUAAGCUGCUAAAAGAAAUAUUCAGUCGUCUCGGAUAUCCUUCAUCAAUCACAGCAGACAAUGGUCGGCAAUUUGUUAGCGAUGAAUUUAAAUCAUAUUGUCAACAGUGCAAUAUAAAACUGUUCAAUACUAUUCCUUACUGGCCACAGCAAAAUGGGGAGGUCGAAAGGCAAAAUAGAGACAUUUUAAAAAGAUUAAAAAUCAGCCAUAUGCAAAAAGAAGAUUUAAAGGAGAGUGUGUGGGAGUACUUAAUGAUGUAUAACUCCACCCCACAUUCUGUAACAGGAAAGACGCCUACAGAACUUUUCUUCAGUAGACAAAAUAGGGACAAAAUCCCUUCUUUACUUGACAAGGAUACUAAUAUCGAUGAUUUAGAAGUGAGAGACAAAGAUAAAAUAGAGAAACAGAAAGGAAAAGAGUAUGGCGAUAGAAAACGGCACGCCGAGAAUUCAAUACUUAUGGAAGGAGAUAAAGUAUAUAUAAAAGAUAUGGAAAAAGGAAAUAAGCUACCUACUACCUUUAAACCGACACCGCAUGUUGUAGAACACUCGGACGGUGGAGAUGCUAUAGUAAGAAAUGAGGAAACGGGCCAAAGACUAAGACGUAAUGUUAUUCACUUGAAGAAAGUAGAAGGUAAAUGGAAAGUUCAAGGAGAAGAGCAAGGCACUACUAUACAGGAGGAUAAUAAAAUCAUAUAAUGAACUGAUUGUAUAACUUUGUAGUAUGAUUAUGUAAACAACAUCUUUUGAUUAAUAAAUUUACAUUAAGGAAGGGAUGUAGUGUUUGUGAUAUAUAAUCUAGUAAAUAAACAUGACGUUGUCUCGAGCACACGGGUAGUGGGGCGGACAGUAGCACGACAGCCACGAGCGACGACGGAUGUCCGCCUGCUUACUGGUGUGGUAACGAGCCAAUUAGUACCUAUUGUGACACGGAGU